GAGACUGUGUGUGUGUGUGUGUCGCUGAGACUGGAUGAAGGUGUGUGUUCACACGUCCAUCGCUCCUUCGGCCCUCCAUCUCCCCGGCAGCCAGAGGAAGGAUCUGAUGAGAGAGGAGGAGACGCCCUGCUAUGGCCAGCGCUGAUGGGUGUCUCUCAGAGCUCAGCAUCCCCGUGUCGGAGCACGGAGCCUGGGCCACGGCCAUGAACAACCUGGGCAUCCUGCCUGUGGGGCUCAGAGGACCCCCGCUGCUCUCAGACUCGGUGUGUAUCCAGAGGUUCGACCCCGGGCUCCUCCCUCCCAUCAACCCUCUGAUGGGGGGGGCCCUCAGCCUCAUGCCCCCCCCGCCCGCCCCCCCCGACAUGCCGAUCAUCAAAGAGAUCAUCCACUGCCCGAGCUGCACACUGUUCCCCCAGAACCCCAACCUGCCCCCCCCCUCGAUGCGGGAGCGCCCCCCCGGCUGUAAGACGGUGUUUGUGGGGGGGCUGCCGGAGAACGCCACAGAGGAAGUCAUCCGGGAGGUGUUCGACCAGUGCGGAGAGAUCCUGGCCCUCAGGAAGAGCAAGAAGAACUUCUGCCAUCUGAGAUACAGCGAGGAGUUCAUGGUGGACAAGGCCAUGUACCUGUCAGGGUACCGGAUGCGUAUCGGGUCCAGCACGGAGAAGAAGGACUCAGGGAGGAUCCAUGUGGACUUCGCUCAGGCGCGGGACGAUCUGUAUGAGUGGGAGUGUCAGCAGCGCCUCCUGGCCCGUGAGCAGCGACACCUUCGAUUCGUCCACGAGGACAGACUCCUCCCCCCCUCUCCUCCUCCCAUAGUGCACUUCUCCGAACAUGAGGCGGCCAUGUUGGCAGAGAGACUGAAAGACGACCAGACCUUCGGCGAGGCCACGGCGGUGCUCUUCACCUGGAUCGACCGCGGAGAGGUGAACCGCCGCACCGCCAACAACUUCUACUCCAUGAUCCAGUCGGCCAACAGCCACGUGCGCCGGCUGAUGAGCGAGAAGGCUCAGCACGAGGAGGAGAUGGAGCGCGCCAAGGAGGCGUUCAAGAGCGCCCUGCUGGCCACCCUCAACCAGUUCGAGCAGAUCACAGGCGUUUUCUCCGCCGCCACGAGGCAAAAGGCAUGGGACCAUUUCUCAAAAGCUCAGCGCAAGAACAUAGACAUUUGGCACAAGCAGUGUGAGGAGCUGAGGAGCGCUCACAGCGAGGAGAUCAUGGGCAUCCGGAGGGAGGAGGAGAUGGAGAUGUCUGAGGACGACUCGGAGGAGAGUCCCUGCAAGAGGCUGCGCAGCGACCUCAACGGAGUGUGUGACCCCCCCUCGCUGAAGGAGGAGAACGACUCCCUGCGGUGGCAGCUCGACGCCUACAGGAACGAGGUGGAGCUGCUGAGGAACGAACACACGCCUGCACACACACACACGCCUGCACACACACACACGCACACACACAGCGCUGAGGCUCAGAUCCAGCUGCUGCAGCAGAACAUGCUCUCCAUGCAGCAGCAACUGCUGGUCCUUCAGGAGAAGCUGUCGAGCAAGGAGGCCGAGCUGCAGGAGGCGAGGGAGGAAAGGAGAGAGGAGAGGAGCAGCCUGCAGGGGGAGCUCAGUGGUCCUCCUGUGAACACAUGUGAACGGGGGAGUACCCUCCUGUUCCUGAGCAGAGAGAGGAGGAGGGAGGUGCUGAGAGGGGGGGUCGCCUCGGAGAAGGAAGCGCUGCUGCUCGGAGUCAUCUCCACCUUCCUCCACGUUCAUCCGUUCGGAGCAAACCUGGAGUAUCUGUGGUCGUACAUCCAGAGGCUGGACUCCAAGGUGUCUGCUGGGGAGCUGGAGCGCCUCAUGCUGCGUCUGCCCUCCAUGUUCCUGCAGGAGCUGAGCGGCGUGGGGGCCAAUCUGGAGAAAAGAUGGAAGUUCUGCGGCUUCGACAGCCUCGGCUCGGCGUGACCCAGGGAGCACACACACACACACACACACACACACACACACACACACACUGAGGACACACACUGAUAAUCAACGUGUGUGUGCGCUCCCAAGCGGCUGGACUCUGAACAGGAAGCAGAUGUCGUGCAGAAGACACAGAGAGGACGGUUAAACCAAAGUUCAUCCUUUACACGUUUGGUUAUAAAAACUCUUUCCUGCAAGACUUCCUUUAAAUCAUGAAUAAAAUAAGAGCCUAUUUUAUCCAGAGUUAUUGUGGCGUGAUGGAACCACAGAGGAUGGGUUUGUUUGGAAAGGUUGCUGAAAACCCUCCAGAGGUUUCAAUAGCAUCAAAACCACCUGCAGACAUGUUCUGCAAACGUUAUAUGAAGGUGUAACAAGGAGGGUAGCAUCAUCAUAUUGUUGGACACGUUAGAUAUUAUUAUAUAUUAUAUUAUCUGACCUUUAAGUGAUGAGAAGAGACAAAUAAAAUCUAUCAUUCCACUUUAUUUAUUUGCUCGUGUGAAGGAGCUGUGCUACGUACUGUAUUUAAGAUGAAAACGCUCUUCUGUUUAAAUCUAUAUAAGAGUUUGUUCUGGAGAGAAGAAGAGGAGCUGUGUGAUGAAGAAGAGGAGCUGGGUGAUGAAGAAGAGGAGCUGGGUGAUGAAGAAGAAGAAGAGGAAGAUACUGAUGAAGGUUUUGUUAUUUUCUCCAGAUGCUGUCAGAAUAUAAAUGACGAUUCAGUGAUUUUGUACUGAACAUGAAGGGAAUCAUUUCUUUGUGUUUUUCUUAUUUUAAUAAAGUUGCU